CUGGUGUCGCUGUGGCGUUUUAACUGCGCCUUCUACGGGCUGAAAACUAGCCGCGCUCUGUCGUAUUUGCCAUUUAAUAUACGUAUAGUGGGGUUUUUUUUUUUGUUUUUUUUUAAUAAAAACUUCGUGAUGGCUGAACUGUGCGGCCGCAUAGCGUCAUCACGGAAACCCCUGCUGUUUUUCGUUUUUUUCUGAAAGCUCCGCGGAAAUAAAGUGAAAGAGCGGGUGAGCGACUGGUCCUCGCAGAGCGGAUUUCAGCCCGUGUUGUGUUUGUCGAUCAGGGGCUCAGGGGCGGCCGAAUGGACGAGCCUGGCUUCAAAAUGACCUAAACCUCCCCGGAGAUGUCACUUAACACCGCGCUGAGUCCGUUCCCAGCACAGGUCAAGUGUGGUGGGUAGAUAGGCGGUAUGACCGAGGAGAAAUGUCCUCAGUUGGUGGAUUACUUUGUGGUGGCGGGGCUGGCGGGCGACUCGGCUCCACCAGACGAGGAAUGUCAGCAGAGAGGUGGCCGUGGCAUGGAGCCCAUCAGCGACCUGGCUGUGAUCGCCCGUGGCCUUGGAGAAGAGGUGCCCGAGGGCUUCACAUGCAUCGAGAAGACAUUGGGGGGCCAUCCAGCUGAGCUCAGUGCCGGCCUCAUCAACAACCCACACAUGUUCCUCUGCUACCGACGCAGCCAUGACAAACCGCCCAUUGUGGAGCUCGGUGUGCUGUAUGAUGGGAAAGAGGCCGUGAAGCAGGGUUGGCAUGUGAUCGAGACAACACCGUACAGCCGCUGUGCCAGUCUGAGCUCAGGAGGGCCUGCCACCCAUAAGACGUUCCUCAUGUUUCGGCGCGCCCCUGACUCACAGGCCCUAAACACACUGGGGGUGACCGAUAUCUCAUUACUCAUGCCCAGCAAGGGAGAAGUGGCACCACACACCUUCUGCAAAGUGGACAAAAACCUGAACACUGGCAUGUGGGGCCCAGCGCUGUACCUGUGCUAUAAGCGGGCUGUGGUGAAAGCCAACGCCCUGGUGUAUGAGGCAGGGCUGAUCAGCCGCUACCCUGAGGAGGAUCUUGAGUCGUUUGCGUUGCCGGACUCAGUCCCUGUCUUCUGUCUGCCCAUGGGUGUCACUGUAGAGAGCUGGCCACUGAAUACCAAGUACCAACUCCCUGUCUUCUCCACCUUUGUCCUCACCAGCGCAAGUGGAGAUAAGGUGUAUGGAGCUGCUAUCCAGUUCUACGAGGCGUACCCAAGGGAGGCUCUCUCUGAAAGACAGCGGUUGCGGCUCGGGCUGGUCAGUGUUGUGGACCACCGACCCAUCACUAACCGCAUGGUGCAGGUGAAGAAGAGCGUGUGUGUGCUCUCCCACUGGCCGUUCUUCACCGUCUUCCAGAAGUUUCUCACCUUCAUCUAUCGCUACUCCAUCUCUGGACCUCAUGUGCUGCCCAUUGAGAAGCAUAUCUCAAGUUUCUUGCACAACGUACCCUUCCCUUCACCACAGCGACCACGCAUUCUGGUACAGCUCUCUCCAUACGACAACCUACUACUGUGCCAGCCAGUGUCCUCACCCUUACCACUGAGUGGUGCCAGCUUUGUGAAACUCUUGCAGAAUCUGGGGCCGGAGAACGCAUGUACCCUGCUGUUGGCUGUCCUUACUGAGCACAAGCUGCUGCUACAUUCCCUCCGGCCAGAUGUGCUGACCUCCGUCAGUGAAGCCCUGGUGUCGAUGACGUUUCCAUUGCGUUGGCCCUGUCCGUACAUCCCACUGUGCCCGCUACGGUGUGCAGAUGUGCUGUGCGCCCCGAUGCCCUUCAUCGUGGGCGUUCACUCCAGCUAUUUUGACCUGUACGACCCUCCUUCAGAUGUGGUGUGUGUUGACCUUGACACCAACACUAUUUUCCAAUCAGAAGACAAGAAACCCUUGUCGUGGAAAUCUUUACCCAGGAAACAUGGAAAAAUCCUGCUCAGCUCACUCACCCACCUGCACAAAACUUUGGAGAAAAGCUGUACCCUCGGUCAUGAAGAGGCAACCCUAGAGUUCUUGUUGACGGAUUAUGACCUGAUCUAUGGGCGUCAAAAGCAGCUGGAGCUGGAGAUCCAGGAGGCCUUCCUGCGCUUUAUGAGCUGCCUCCUCAGAGGCUAUCGCUCCUACCUCCUGCCCAUCACCCAGGCUCCCUCAGACAGAACCACUGACUGCAGCUCCCUCUUCAAUUUGCAGGGGUUUCUAAAGUCUCGAGAUCGGACACAGCAGAAGUUUUAUUCCCUCCUAACCAAGACUCAGUUAUUCACGCAGUUUAUAGAGGAGUGCUCCUUCGUCAGCGACAGACACGCAUGCCUUGAAUUCUUUGAUGAGUGUGUUCAGAAGGUGGAUGUGGAGAAGCCAGAGGAGGUGAGGCUGAUAGAUCUUGAUGAGACGCACAGUGGAGAGCACACAGUGUUUAUAAUGCCACCAGAGGAGCCUCAAGAACCUGAUGGCUCUGAAUGCCCUGCACCCUACAGCUAUGAGACGUUUCCUGUUCUGCAUCCUGAGUUGUUUGACCGGCCUCUGGAUCAGCUCCGUACCACAGCGAAGGGAAGUGCCCCCAACAGUCCCGCCCCUCGCCGCACCAAACAGGAGAUCAAGCUGGCACAGAAAUUUGCGCAGAAGUACUCGGCGGUACCAGACAUGUGGUCCAAGUGUCUACUGGGCCACUGUUAUGGUCUGUGGUUUAUCUACCUGCCCACAUUUGUCCGGGCUGAGAGCACCAAGGUGCGGGCACUGCAGACUGCUUAUGAGGUGCUCAAGCACAUGGAGACACGGAAGGUUGUGCUACCUGACGAGGUGUGCUACAGGAUCCUAAUGCAGCUAUGUGGGCAGUACGGGCAACCUGUGCUUGCUGUCAGGGUCCUGCUGGAGAUGAAGAAAGCAGGAAUCACUCCUAACGCCAUCACGUACGGGUACUACAAUAAGGCUGUGCUGGAGAGCAAGUGGCCAUCCACCAAUCAAGGAGGUCGCCUUCGAUGGGCCAAGCUUCGCAACGUUCUUUUGGCUGUGGCACAGUUCAGGCAACCAAUCAAACACAGGCAAAAGAGCAACUCUGUUAGCUCAACACAAGGUAACUCCAACUGUAAUCUUCACCUGCACUCCACUCUUAAACGCCAGACCAGCUGGAGCGGUUUGAGUGAAAGUUCAAGCCACGAAUCGCUGACUGGUCCCAUCACUAAGAGCAACAGUCUAAGCAGUAUGCGACCCAACAAAUCUGCGUUAGUUAGGAAAGCAAUGUUACAAAACAAAAGCACUGAUGACCCCGCCUCCCGCAAACCUCCCAUUAGUCCUCGGGAUAUGGUUACACCCUCCCCAGUUCCCCCUGAUGACUUUGUUAGAGUGCGACGGAGUGAAGUCUGCUUGUCCACCUUUUACAAAGAGUGUGAAGAGCCAGAUACAGACUGCAGGUGCCAGCCAACCGAGAGAGAUGGCAGACCUGCAGAGCAGCGAGAAACGCUGAAUCGCAAGGCAGUAGAUGAGAACUCCAAUAACGUGUUGUCCCCGAAUCGUGGACUGGCAGGUAAACUGCAGCAGCUUCUCACACCCACGCGUCACCGGAACUCAUCACGCCGCGCAGCCAGCGUGGACGAACGACGGCCUGCCGCUAACGGGCCGUCACGCAAAUCAUCUGAACAGAGACAGUCUCGCAAAUCACAGGUGACCGAGACGCUGCUGAAAGCCAGAGAGCGACUAUACAAUGCCACCUCAGAGAGCUCCUUGUCUGUAGGUAGUGACAUUGACCUGUCAGACCCUCCAAUUUCUGGUUUUUCACUCAGGAAGUCAUGGGAUUCGACACAGGAAGGGGUGGGGCUUGAGGUGUCGAUGUCGAGCUGUACUCUUUGCCGGAGCUGUAACUCGCUGGUGUAUGAUGAGGAGAUCAUGGCAGGCUGGACAUCUGAUGACUCCAAUCUUAACUCCAGCUGCCCAUUUUGUUCAGCAACCUUCGUACCACUGCUUAAUGCAGAGAUUUGUGAGCUUGGGCCUGUCAGCAGCAGUCAGUAUCACAAUAACCAGAACAUGGAGGAUCAGGUGGAGAGUGCAGUGAGGCCCCCUAGUGGACAUGAUGGCUUUCUGCAACAUCUGUAUAACGGUGAGACAGAGCAUGACUCCAGUUCAGAGACCAGCACAUACUCCGAGAGCAGCUGUAAUACUCUAAGCUCGCGUUUGGGUGGCUCCCCUCAGGUGACAGUGGCGUACUUGACCCCUCUGGUCUUGCGUAAGGAACUGGAAAGUCUUUUGGAGAACGAAGGAGAGAGCGUUCUCUCUCAGGUCCAAUUACUGGACAGCCACUCCAUCCUCUUCUGGAAUCUGGUGUGGUACUUCACUCGCCUUGGCCUCCCCAGCAAUCUGCUGCAACUGGUGCGGGCCUCUCCACUAGCAUCACAGAUUUCACAGAGCCCUGAGAAUACUUCAGUAAGGGUGAGGUUACUGUGGGACACUUUGGUGCCUGAUACGGAUUACUGGCCUCCUCUCUAUAUCCUCUGGAGAAUACACAGUGGAGUGCCGAUGCGUAACUACGCAUGGCGCAGACACAACCACCCCUUCACUCUGAGCUUUCUGGAGGAAGUACUGCGCUGUGUCGGUAUGAAUGAGGUACACAAGGCCAUCACGUUCUUCCUGGACACUAUCGCCAAGCAGCAAGGCACUCCCCGGAUACAGAGGAGUUUGUACAGGGAAUUUCUGUUUCUUACUUUGGCUGCUAUGGGCAAAGACCAUGUUGGUGCUUUUGACAAGAGGUACAAGGCUGCUUACGCCAGGCUGAGUAGUUCCCUGGGCCAUGAUGAGCUGAGGAGGAAGAGAGCUCAGCCACCAAGCCCCAAAGCUGUGGACUGUAGACGCUGUUUCCUAGUGCCCCUGGACUGCUGAGGGUCGACACUCACUCCACAGCUCAGACACUCUCCGCUCUCUCUCUCUCGCUCUCUCUCUCUCUCUCUCUCUCUCUGUCUCUCUAUCUCUCUCUCUCUCUCUCUCUCUCUCUCUCUCUCUCUCUCUCUCUCUCUCUCUCUCUCUCUCAGUGGCUGCCUCCUGCAAUUAUCCCUCCAAAGUCAGCCCUAAUUGGGCCUUUAGUUCGAGUCUCACACAUCUAUAUAUAUAUGACAGUCAGUGGACCGUUGUUCUGAAGCCCUUCUUCUCCUGUCGCUCUGCAGCUUUAGGCACGCUGUACUUAUGAUAGAACUCAUUGGGCGAGAUAACUAUUCUCUUUGGCCAAGAAUGAGUUAUUUUGUUCAUUUUUAUUUUGUUUUCAGUUUCCUCAGUUCAUUUUAUCAUGUCUGAACAGAUCUUUGUAUUUGUCCUACAGCAGAAAUGUAGACAUUCACUGCUGGGCUGAGUCUUCUCUUUGCCAAGUAAACCAGACAUUGCCAUCAUGCUUCAGUGGCAGUCUGAUCUAUCCGUCAGUCUGAUGAGCAGAUCGUUAUCAUACCAGCAUCACAAUAUAUACCAUUUGUUUUACAGACAAGGCCUCCUCAUCCCAUUACGCUUUAAGAGUGCACCUUCUGUAAUCCUGCCUCUCUGUAUGUGUAUAUAUAUAUGUGUGUGUGAGAGAGACAGAGAGAGAGAUUGUAGCUUACCAGACCAGCCUCCAUUUGAAAACCCUUUAAGUUCCGCUCUCUUUAACCUCUCUCUAUGUUGCGUCUUAUUGACUUCUGUUACUUGUGGUUAGCUGUGCCUCUAGCGAUUAGGCUGUGAGAGAGGAACUCUCAGUGCAUGAGGUUCACCACAACACUGGGAUGAAUCUUCUGACUGAUGGCAACUGAAGCAGAGGAAAGACUCCAAAUGGGAGCUACAGUGUGGUACGGACUGAGUCUGUGACGUGGAGGGCAUACGGCUCUUCAUAUGAAAACAGGAGCACAGAGGUGAUUGGUAUAACAGGCAACCCAAAAAAAAGCACUGAAGACUGAACGCCUGGGUACAAUGCAGUAGAGUGGUGUGAAUAAUGUAUCUGAACAUUAGGACCGGUGCCCUGCGAAAGACUUGUAACCAAAAGACUGUUUAAUUGGAAUUUACCUCCUUUUUUUGUUUUGUUUUGUUAUUGUGUUUUACUUGUUUGCAGUCUGAUUUUAUUGUUUUAAAUAUGCGGUAUGUGUGUAUGAGCCUUGCUGAUGUGUGUGUGUUCAGCUUUCAGUCAUCCAGAUGUUUAUUGAACAAACAAAAAAAGCCUUACAUUUCCAUUUUCCCAUGUUUAAAAUGAACCCUACCUUGCCUAUAAACCCUAAACCAUGAGAUGCUAUACAACACGGAAAAACACACCUAUCAACAGCAGUUAUCCAGCCAGAAACACACAGAGUUGAUUCCACUUCCUGGACCUUUGUUUCGGCUCCGCCCAGGUAGUCCACCUCAAGGGAUAAUGGUAAAUGUAUACCAGGUGGGAGAUGUGCUAAAGUUGUGACAUACCAGUCAUUAAACCCAUAAUACAUACUCAAAACCCCACCCCCUGGCUACAAACUCCUGCCAAACUACAUUCAAACCUACAUUAUGCUUAAUGCUGUACUUAUGCUGGACCACUGAACAGCUGUGUGUGUGUGUUAGUGCUUCUUCAGCCCUUUCUGCCUUUUGUGAAAUGUUUUUAGUUGCCUCCGAGAGGCACAUACACACCUAGCUCAGCCCCCUAGCACUGUGUCGUAUUCUGCAGUAAGAAACGCAUCUCACUAAGCUGCAUACUCGCACAACUGCCAAGUACCAGAGUCAUACACAUUGACGUUAAAUCCACACAGUACAGUCAGACUAAACUACAGCUCUUUUCGUAUCAGCAGGACUUUUGCAAUGCUAAACUGAUUCUAUGAUCACUCCUAACAUUGACACAGAGUUUAAAUGAGAAUGAAUCAUCCUCCCUGAUGGCCUUAUAACAACAGCUUAUUUCACUCUGGGAGUAAGUUUUGGAGGGGUGUCAUGGUGUCAGUGCGUCUCUCUGCAUAUAAAAGUUCAUUUCAUCUCCACUACUGAUCUGAAAGCAGUUGGUUGAUGUAACGUUUCAAAUACAUUUUCAGAUGUUUCAAACAUGUGUUUAGGCAAUAGAUGAGUGCCAAGGUGGUCUGAAUUCUCCUCCAUCACUGUGGCUUCUGAUCAUUUAGCAAUAUUAAUAGGAACAUCCUUCGAUGAGCUGUUUUAAUGCCAUCCUGUAUUACAAAGUUCAGCCUUAUAAUGUGACAAUGGCCUUCAAAUUUUCCUUUACCUCCUCGCUCUUAAUUAACGCUUCUGUUUUGUGUCUGUUCUCUUUAUUUCUGCAAGCCGUCCGUGGUGUCAUUUACGAGUCACUUUUAUGUGUCAUGUAUGUUUAAAGUGGUGAAGUGCAUAUAUGUUUCUGUGUGGAGCAAGUCACCUUAUAACAAAGAGCGAUAGAGUUUGCAAAUGAGUCAUUACAUGUUCCUCUGAAUAUUUGGCAAAAUAGGGCUGGAAAGCUGUGAUUAAUAGAACUAUAAUCAUUUCAGUAUAGAAAGGUCAUAAUGGUAGGAAUAUGCUGUGUAAUGUUUAGUCUUAGGACAGAAAUCUGCACUGACAUUAUUGUUAGGAAUUAGCUAGAGGUUAAAAAGGGGGGGAGUCAAAAGUAUGUUCCUGUUCAGGAAUGAAGUCCUCUUUCUUGCCAAUUUGUUGUGCCGUGUUGUAUAAUGAUGACCAGCAGGGGACAGCAUGCCAAAGGGAGUUUUACUGGAAAGGUUUGCAAUGAUUUCACUGUAUUUUAAUGCAUCUGACUGCAACAAGAGGAAAUCUGUGUUGAGACAGUUUUUAUUUUUUAAAAUUAAAUGGAAAAACAAGAUCGCAGAGCUAUAUUUAAGAUGUAUUGUGUUUGCUGUAGUAAUUUAUAUAGAUGUGAGAUCUGUCGUGAAUUUCUUUUUUUUUAAUGUUUAAAAAACAAACAAACUCA